GGUUUACUAGCACCAUUUUUAAAACGUAACGUUGCCUUAAGGCAUGGUUUCUCAAGAUGAUGAAUUCGUUGUUCCUCACAUGGAUUUAUCUUGUUUGCAAAAUUCAAUAGCAUAUCAAAAAGUUCUUGAAGAACCUUGGACUUACCUUCACAAUUGGGAUUCUCUAACUCCCAGUGUUCAACAAGAGGUGGCACAAAACUUCCUAAGUGAACUAAGCUCACUUAAAACUGAAAUGGCGGUUACCCAAGGUGUAUUUGAUCCUUCCAUGUUUGUUAAUCAGGAUGCUUCGUGUGAUACAGCAGUAUGUUUUGAUGACAAACUUUUAUUUUAAACUAUCUCAAAUAUUUGUUUUAACUGAAAUAGAAAACGAUUUUAAAAUUAUAGGUUAGAUAAGGCCUUCAUGUCUUUUAAAACGGUCGCCUAGCUAAAACUAAUGAACUGCAAACACGAGGAAAUCAGUCUGGCUUCAGACCUGGUCGUGGCUGCAUCGACCACAUAUUCACCAUUCGCCAGAUCUUAGAACACAGACAUGCUUAUCGGCGUCCGACAAUGAAAGUUUAUAUUGACUUAAAAGCAGCAUUUGACUCUGUAGACCGAGAGGUUCUGUGUCAGUGUCAUUGAAAAGUGUUCCUCAGAAGUACAUAAACCUUGUGAAGGCUAUUUACUCGGACACCACCAGUCGGGUCAGUGCUUAUGGAUAGUAUUCAUCUGAUUUUUCAACCUCAAGUGUUGUCCGUCAAGGCAGUCCACUAUCUCCAUUUUUGUUCAAUUUCAUCAUAGACCUACUGCUGGAAAUAACGUUCUCGUUGACUGAAUUUUCUGGGAUUGACCUCCUACAAUGAGGGCUACUUAUUGACUUAGAAUACACAAAUGACAUAGUGCUGUUUGGUGAAGACAUGGAUAAAAUGCAGAGUAUUUUGGUAGCACUGAGCAACAAUGUCAGGAUGUUUGGGAUGUGUUUCUCCCCCUCUAAAUGCAAGUUGUUGCUUCAGCGCUGACUUGGGUCAACACAUGAACUGUGGAUAGGGAGUGAAGUAGUCGAACACGCUGACAACUUCACUUGUCUUGGAAAUCUGACCAGCCCUAAUGGGUUGGUGUCAGACGAAAUCUCAUCACGGAUUCGAAGUGGUCGUUUGGCUUAUGCCAACUUACUUCAUCUAUGGUGAAGGCGAGAUAUCCGUCUAUCAAUUAAGGGUCGCGUAUACAACGCAGCAGUUGGUUGUGUUUUACUUUGUGGCUGCGAGACGUGGCUAGUAGGGAUAGAGAGAGGGUACUUGCAAGUUACUAGUAUUUGAUUCAUAUGUUUCAGAAAGAUUUCCAGCACUGCUGGGAUCAUUGGGUAAUAGUGAGUAAUAAUGAGGUUAGGCUCAGAGUAUUAGGGAAUGAUGGUAAAUCAAUCGAUGAGUUGGUGAAUCUUCAUCGACUGAGUUGGUUGGGCCACGUCUGACAUAUUUUUAAACGUCGUUUACCACGAGUUGCAAUGCUGACAAGUGUUGGAGACUGUUGGAAGAAAGUUAGGGGUGGCCAAGCCGAAACGUGUCAUCAUUUCUUGGAGUCACAAACUCCUAGUUUGAACCGUGUUGGUAGAUGCAGACUACUUUGUUUUAGUCUGUGUGACUAUUGUAACUAGUGGUUGGAUACUGUGGGUGACAUGGCUCAGAAUCGAUCACAAUUGGGUAGGUGUAUACACUCUCUGUCUUCCCUUAAACUAUGAGAUUAAAAUCGCUUCAUAUCUUUCUACGUAAUAAUUCUUUCUUCCUGUACUAUAUCCUUAUAUGCAAUCUUUCUUUUAUAUAUUACCACCUCUGGAUUAACUACUUCUAUGAAUUUGGUGUUCAUCUUGCUGUGCUAAUGCGGUAUGGCAACUUGGACCGAUGUUUAUAUGUGCCUGGUCCUACGUUUUAGCUGACUGACUGAGACGGUACACUAUUCUUCAGGAAAAAUUCUGCCUGCUUAUCAAGAUUGUAAAGAGCUUAGAUCUGUGCAACAAAUUACAACAUCCUAAAAUAAACGUUUACUGGUUAUCUAGAAAGAUCAUAUUAAACAAAACACUGAUAAGUUUCACAAGGAUUAACUUAAUAUAUUCCGAAACAUACGGAUACAUAUCACCCUUACCGAUGGUAUUCUUUAGCUCAAAAUCAACAAUUAAUUAGAAUAGCUGGGAUGUUAUAACUGUAAGCUAGUUUGUUAUUUCUGGUUGAUGAUUUAAGUUUUGACCUAAGUUCGCUUUCAUUACUUUUUCUUUUUAAAUAUCAUAUUCUGCUCUAACACAGAAAACGUUUAUUCUAAGCCAUUCCGUAUAUGUGAAUUAAGGUCUGAAAAUCUUUGAUAUUUUCUGUCACACUUAAAGCGUAAAAUUCAGAGUCCAUUCGAUCUUAUUCUUACAAAAGUGGUAAAUGAAAGAUAUGAUCAGUUAAUGACAGGUCCCCGUAAAAUCCAUGAUUUUUACGAUGAUUUAGUUCUUGGUGGCCGCCCAUUACAUCUGCGUUGAUGAAAUCCUAGAAAUUAUACCAUUUAGUAACUUAAGUCUUUAUGAAAGGUACUCCACAAUAAAAUCGGCGGUAUUAUUAGAAUACUAUAUCGAAACCCAUCUUGUGUUCUGGUCUGAGACAUGAACUUUGAUAUUCUAAUUAUAUGACUAUCCUAUCUUUGUUUUGUAUAGAGUAUUUUUAAUACCUUGUGAGAUUUUUUGUUAAGAAACGAAUAAAAUAGAAGCAGAACUAUAAGAUGAAGAGCGGUGAACCGUAAUAAGAUCCAUAAAGAUGGUUGUCCAGUUCUAGAAACUGAAGUUUGAGAGCUGGACAUAAUCCCAUCUGACUGGCUUCGAUCUCAAUCUCUCCAGUUUACAAGAAAGAAUAAUUCUGUUGUGAUAAUCAUAAAAGAAUCAUUUUGAUUAGUGUAGGAUCUAACGUACUCUAAUCAUCUACCGCCUAACUAGGGCUCAUAAAGAUCGAACCUGAAACAAUCAGGCUACUUUCAUACUUGGACAUGGAUGUAUUGAUCAAAUUCUCCCUCUUCGCCUGGUUUUGGAACCCAGGCGUACGUACCGAUACACAACCUUAAUUUUGUUCCUUGGUCUUCUGGUCUCGUUUUACUCUGUUGAACUAAAGGUUGUAUGUCAAUGUUCGUUAUCGAAAAGUGUAUAAAAAAGGCUUGUAAACCUUGUACAGGCUCUCCACUUGAAUACUAUUGGCUGAGUCAAAGUUUAUGGUUAUUUUUCACCAGAAUUGUUGACCUCAAGUGCUUUUCAGCAUGGUCGCUCACUACCCAACGUUUUAUUUAACUUUUCUGUAAUGUCCUUCUAGAAAUAACUCCAUUCACCUAACUUUUCAGAGGUUGACCUUUUGUCACGAGGUUUGCUUAUCGACUAAGAAUACUUAGGUGAUCUAGUCCUAUUUGAUAAAGACGUAGGCAAAAUGCAGCUUUCAGAAAUGUUGUGCAUUACCGCUUUAGAGAACGAAAUGGUUUUGUGUGUUGAUAACUUCAUUUAUCUUGAGUUCCAUCAACACUGGCUGGUUGGUGUCUGAGUAAAUCGGUACACGAAUACAAAUAGUCUGACUGCCUUUUGCUAACUUUCUCCUCUUUUUGUGUAGGCAAGAUGCCUGUCUACCAACUAAAAUGCAUGUACAUUGUUCUGUGCAUCAUUUCAUAGCUAUGAGACAUAAAAAUCGAAAGUAGAGGGGAUAAGUAGGCUGAGUACUUUUUAUCAUAACUGUCUCCCAAGCCUUGGUCACGUUGUGUGGGACUGCCUAUUGAAUGAUGCUAAGGUUAGGCUUUUAGUAUUAGGCAAAGUGGCAGAUCAGUUGGUGAGAUUGUAAAUUUUUAUCCAUUUGGGUGAUUAUAACAUGUUACGUAAGGCGUUGUUUGAGGGCGUAAUAGUAUGCUGGAAGAAAACUAGGGUCGGCCGAACCAUCUGUCCAUAAAGCCAGAGAAUAUUGAUCUGGGCUGUGUUGUUAGAUGUAGUCUACUUGGUUGGGGUCCACGCAGUAACCGUGAUUACUGUCUAGAGAUUCGACAUGAAGAAGCAUUCACAACUUAUCUUAUUCUGGAUAUUGAAUUUCAGUAUUCCUGCAUACACCUCUGUACCAUGUGUUUUCGUUCAUCUUAGUUAUUGUCAUCUUGCGCUAAUGUGCUACGGCAACUUGGACCGAUUCGCAUCUUUGUCUGCCUCUAUGUUGAUGACUGAAUGACCAAGUCAACUUAAUCUAGUUCGAGAUGUUGCGACCGUCACUAGGUUCAUCAACUAUCAUAUUAGGAAAUACUGACCUACCUAUUGGAAUUUUUACAAAGUAGAUAAUCAGGUUCAAUAACUACAACUAUAAUAGAAAAAUCUAGUUAAUGUCUUUUAAUCACAGGUUUCAUUUAUAUGCCUUCUUUUAAUUCGUUAUUUCCUUCAGUCUACUGCAACCUGACAGAAGUACUAUGCUGUUAAGUCUCCAUUUUUCUAAACUAGAGCAGUUAGUGGGUAAAAUGUUAUAUUAGUCAGUUUUAUCUAUAUACCCAUAGAUUCUGAUUUAGCGAACAAGGACACCAGUGGGAACAAUCGAAUGUAUUUAACACAAAAUUACAGGACUUGUUAAUAAAAUCUAACAAUCAUAAAUUAAAUGCUUAAUUUGCAAAAUGUCCACCAAUUGUCUCAAAAUGAAUCAGACUUCACUAUUCUUGCAUUUUCAUACAGAUUGCAUUCUGUUUCCAUUCUUUACUGUUCGAUCCUCUUGUUUCUCUGCUGCCAGACAUUCUGUUCACGACUGACAUCAUCUACUACUUAUGUCAAUAUAAGUAGCACACACCACACUGAGUUAAUUAUUUUCUUAAUAUGAACAAGAAUACUCAACUAAUAAUUUUUACGUUCAUUUAUCUAGGUUUCUGGACAAAAUGGUAAUACAACAGAAAAUCAUGCAAACACCAAGUAGUGUUUUGAUUAUUUUUGUUUCCUGUUGUUCUAAAUAAAGUUUACAAAAUUAUAAUCGUGUUUUCUUUUUUUAUUUAGUUCUAAAGACUAUAUAGAUUGAUUACACAAUAUAUUAGAUUUUUUUGAGGUUUCCGUUAGAAACUUCAAGUCUUUUCCUACAUCUUAAUAUACUUCAAAUGUUAUUACUCACUUAAAUCUAUAGAUUUAAUUUUAUAGGGAACCAAUAAAUCGAUCGUGCAAUCACGAUUUGGAGGUAAACAGGUUUGUAGGUUAUAAGUGGGUACAAAGUAGGAACUGAGUACUAGAAAUAGUUUAUUUAAGCUCUUUCCCCAAUACGGCAUAUCUAUACUAUUAUAAUUUAUGAAGUAUUUUGAUGCUAUAAGGAUGAACUAUGAAAGAAGUUUCCGAAUUCAACACUUAAAUAACGCUCAUCCUAACAUACAAUUUACUAUGGAACACGAACAGAAUGACAUGUUCCACUUUCUUGAUGUUGCUAUAAAACGUAGGAGAGACGGGACAGUCCAACGUUCGAUUUAUCGAAAAAGUACUUGGAAUGGCAUUUACCUGAAUUUCAAUAGCUUUUGUCCACUCAGUUACAAUAAGGCAUUAGUUAAAACACUAUUUUAUAGGGCAGAAAAGAUAUGUACCACUGAC